CACGGUCAAAUUCAAACAUGGCGUCCGCUUUGAUCAAGGAGAUCAGUGACGACUUCCUGACGUGUCAGAUCUGUCUGGAGACCUUCAGGAGGCCGAAGAUUCUCGACUGUGUGCACUCCUUCUGCGAGGAAUGUCUGAAGGAGUACUUGAAGGAAGGUGAGACAGUGGUAAAGUGCCCUACCUGUCAGCGUGACACAGCGAUGAAACAAGAUGGCGGCGUCUCAGGACUAAAGGACAAUUUUUUCAUUCUCAACCUAGUGGAGACGAUCGGGGCGCGAAAGAAAGUCCAGCACUCCGUGGAUAGGCUACCAUGUGACAGCUGUGGCGGCACGGAAGCUGUCGUAUCAAGGUGUUUAACGUGUAACGACUUUCUCUGUGAAUCGUGCGUGGCUAUCCACAGGACUCUGAGGGUGUUCAAAGGUCACCUUGUCGUGACGCUUGACGAACUGCGGACAGGAAAAUAUGACGGACAAACGGAGAAGAUCGAGCCGACUUGUGGCACCCACGCCGGGGAAAAGAUGCGGUUCUACUGUAGAACAGACGGCGUGCCAGUAUGUCGUGACUGCAUCGUCCUAGACCACCCCAAACCCGAACACAACGUUGUGAAUCUCACAGAAGUAGGGAACGAACUGAGAUCCUCCUGCCAGGCCAUGGUCACAGAACUACAACAAGCUUUGGGCAGCACCGAAUAUGCAAUACAGGCUGUAGAUAAAUCAAUCGUGGACAUCCAAGCUAGAAGCGAAAAAGCUGCACAGCUUGUUGACGAGCAGGUCAGCCAUCUUGUCACGUUUCUUAAGAAACUUGGGGAGACAUGCAAGGAAAAGGUUGAGGCUAUGUGUAGGCAGGAGGAGAAGCAGCAGUAUGCAGAGAAGGAGAGGCUUGAGUUGAAGAAGGUGCGACUGUCCAGCACACAGGAGUUACUCCAAACUCUCCUGUCCCGCGGCACAGAUAUUGAGGUGGCGACUGCAUUCAGACAAAUCAGGCAGUGCCGGGAUGAACUUUGUACAGAUCCAGAGAGCACUGUAGAACAAGUACUGUAUACAACUAGCAAAAAAGUCGUAGAUCGCGGUAUACUUCAGGGCAUAGAGGAAUGGAAAACCCUACUCGCCAUGUCAGGUACGUUUUCAAAGUAAUACAUGUAGCCAGCGAUAUAAGUACGCAACAUUCAAAAUCUAAGUAAUUUACUAAUAACAUCUAAACGAGAGUUCCACGACCUCAUACC